CUAGGGAAAAAACUCUUGAUUCCUUCCGCAGCCUCCCGUUCACCAUCGUGCGGUAUGAAGCGUCUACCUGGAUACUUACCGUCAUUACGCAAAUUUCGGUGACUUUCUUUCCCUCCCGACUUGGAUUCUACUUUAUGAUGAUUUUGGAUAUGUACCUUUGGGAUGAAAAGAACCCUUUCCCUGCCCGCCGAAGUAAGAUAAAAUAGGGUUUCACUGACAUUGGAGUUACUCCUCUCGUUCCAUAUGAAGAAGUCAAACAUUUGGAUAUGCACCUGUGUCCAUUUAUUGCUGUACAUGACAGUUGCUGCCUAUUCCAGUGAAAUAGGAAAUCCCAUUACAGAUGACAUCAAGAAAAUUUAUUUGUUGAAACAGAAUAUUCCAAAAGACUACAAGAUUACAUUACGUUAUAUACCUAAAGAAGUGAGUGGUAUGUGCUGGGUGAAGCUAAACGUAUUUCACUUGGAGGUGAGCUUAAAAGGCCUGGCACAGAAGUUUGGGAACAUAUCCUCCAAUAAAGAUAAUAUAGGCACUUUUGUUCAAAUACUGCAAGAGAUGCGGUAUCACAUUGGACAUGGCUUGGAGGAUUCAAUGCUAGAAUUCGAUUGUCACUACGUAAAUGAGAUGUGGCUUACGGCAAAGUAUUUUGAAUUUGUGGAGGACUUUUUCUACACUGCCAAUUCGUCAAGAGAUGCCGAGGAUUGCGAGCCCCCGCCGUGUCCCACAUCUACAAAAACAACAGUAACGACAACUACGACAGCGUUGACAACGUCAGCGCAACAUAGUACAAAUGAGAAACGUAACGGUUUGCCUGAUGACCCCGAAAAAGGGGCAUUCCUUCCGAAAGUUGUGCAGAGCAGUCUUAUGUCGCUGCUCGCCAUCCCGUUCAUCGCAGUGGUGGUGUUUCUGUUGGUCUGGAAGAUGAAAUCUAGAAGAAAUGCCCCACAAACUGAACGGAGUCCAGAAGAAGGUCCCGCCCUUUUCUCAGGAGAGGAAGCCAAUAUACCCCCAUUAGAUGUGGAGAUAUCUGAAAAAAACAGAUUAAAUAUUAUCAUGGCAGUGUAAAUCCAGCCCCAGCUUAACCAACGCAGUCACUCCUUCAGACGGCACAACGGACAGGAACAAACAAGCACCACCUCCGAAAGAUUCUCUUACCGAACUUCUAGUUGUGAAGGAAGGAAUCAUACUGGCCUGAGACGCAACAAACUGCUCUUUGAGAACUGAUGCCCUCUCUUAUCAACCACUGCUGAGCCCUUCGGGAUAGAUACAGUUGCUCCUUCUGAGAACUUCUGAGAGUCGCUCUUUAAAGCUUCCUUCUCCUCUUGGAGACCGCAAGGAGACUGUGCCGGAGGAAUUCGAUGAAAAACAGAAUGAAAGCAACACAGCAUUGGAUUCAGCUGGAGGCGUCAAAUAGCCAAGCGCAUUUUUUGGAGAGCAGGAGCCGCAGUUCAGAAGGAGGGCAGCCAUAUUGUUGCUUGAGAGCAGAUGGCUAUCUAAAAGGAGUUAAAGCAGAAUUGACUACCUCCAGCGGCACUGGUCCAUCUCCUUCUUUCUUUCUUCAUCCUUGUUCUCUCUCUUUCUUUUGGUCUGGGUGUCCAGAUAGACGCCUUUUCAGUUUUUUGAGUGCUUGAAUCAGUAGUCGUUCUCAGAUUGUAUCAUCUGAUUUGUGAAUUGUUUUUAUUGUCACUAUAGACUGGUGGUGUGGACUUAAUUUAUUUAUUGUCUGAAUAUGACGACACCUGCAUGGCAUCAAAUAUCGAUCGAGACGAGGAAUACCCAAUCGUCUCAACCUUAAAAUAUCCAACAAUCCUUAAUCGCUUGUGUAUUUCGACAAUAAACUAUGCAUGCUAGCCGCAACCUUCUAAGUACCAUUAUAGCUCCUCACAGAUGCCAUUAAGCGUUUUUAAAGCUAUAUAUCAGUACACCCGUGGUUUAUGCAGUUAGUUUUACAUUAUGGCUUUUUAUGAAGUCUGCUUCAGUGUUUUUGAAGUCAUUUAGUAUGAGGAAAUUUCUGGUGGCUGCUAAUUUUAUAGACGACUCAGCUUUUGUCAACGGUCAAAUCUGCCAUACUAGAGUGAAAUGCAUCAGUCAGACUUUAAAUAUGGGUCAAAACUAAAUCAAUUAGUAUUACGUCAAACAAAACGGUACACCUCACACCACAAAACGCGACUUUUUCGAAUACAGGACGCCAUCGGAAGAUCUCGCUAGCAGUAAUAGAAAACCUACAUAUAUGCUUUUACUCGUAAUUUUGUGCCUUUUCACAGCAUGGCUCUCCCUGUAAAGAUUAAUUUUGGAUAACCAGCCAUAUAUUUAUUACGGAGAAAAAAAAUAAUAUAAUAAUGAUAUUGCACUAGUUAUAUUCAAGAAAAUUCCUCUAGGACAUUUCAGAUGACUUUCCAAGAAAAGCAUAACACGAUCCGGUUCCGGCUUCGGUCUCCUGCUGAGUAUGAAUCAAUUUAUGCAUGUUCACAUCUGACGUUUUACAUGGCUUGCGCUUAAUCUGUACUUACUGAUUUAUGAUAGCUACGACUCAUAUAGACAAGUGCUAAUGAUUUCGAGAUGAAAUUCA